AUGGGAUUAACAAUAUCAAAACUCUUUGCCAGUCUCUUGGGGAGACGUGAAAUGAGAAUAUUGAUGGUUGGUUUAGAUGCUGCUGGUAAAACCACCAUCUUGUACAAGCUUAAGUUAGGAGAAAUCGUCACCACGAUCCCUACCAUUGGGUUUAAUGUUGAAACCGUUGAAUACAAGAAUAUAUCAUUUACAGUGUGGGAUGUUGGUGGACAAGACAAAAUCAGACCACUAUGGCGCUACUACUUUCAAAACACACAAGGAAUAAUUUUUGUUGUUGAUUCGAAUGACCGGGAUAGGAUCAACGAGGCAAGAGAAGAAUUGCAGCUGAUGUUGAACGAAGAUGAGUUGAAAGACUCGGUGUUGCUUGUUUUGGCAAACAAACAGGAUUUGCCCAAUGCCAUGAAUGCAGCGGAGAUUACGGAAAAGAUGGGUUUGCAUUCUAUCAGAAGUAGACCAUGGUUUAUCCAGGCCACUUGUGCCACUACUGGAGAUGGUCUAUAUGAGGGGUUGGAAUGGUUAUCAAACCAAGUAGGAAAGUAA